AUGUGUAGUAUGCAAACGAAAAAAUGCAAAAUAAUUCCCAAUUCAAAAAGUGGAGGUACUUUAAAAUCCAUCAAACCCUCUACCAAAGAAACUAAAAAAUCGGAAAUCAAACUAGACGAUGCAUAUUACAACCCUGAAACUGGAUUUUGUGGAAUCAAUGAACUACAAAGAAAAACUAAAAAGCCAAUUGAAGAAGUAAAGCGAUUUCUGAACGAGCAAGACGUCUACACUCUUCAUAAACCAGCUCGUAAAAAUUUCAAAUCUGAAAGAGUUUAUGUUCACAAUAUUGAUGAGCAAUGGCAAUCAGAUCUUGUUGAAAUGAUACCGUAUGCAGAAGAGAACAACGAUUUCAAAUAUCUUCUCACUGUCAUAGACUGUUUCAGUAAGUAUGCCUGGGUUAUCCCUCUGAAAACAAAGACUGGAAAGGAAACUGCAAGCGCUCUACAAACGAUUUUCAAACACAGGAAACCGCAAAAAAUGCAGACUGAUAAUGGAAAAGAAUAUUACAACAAAGAAAUGAAACUACUGUUCAAAGAAUCGGAUAUUCAUCAUUUCUCAACAUACUCGAACAAGAAAGCUUCUAUCAUUGAAAGAUUCAAUAGAACUCUAAAAGAAAAAAUGUGGAAAAUGUUCACUCAUCAAGGUGAUCAUAAAUGGGUAAAUAUUCUGGAUAAGCUUGUUACAGGAUACAAUGACCACCAUCACCGCAGCAUAAACAUGUCUCCUAUUGAAGCAUCCAAGAAAGACAACGCUGAGCAAGUUUAUGAAACUUUAUUUCCCUCAACCGGAAAAGAAAUGUUUAAAAAUGAAAGUCCUAUAAGAAGCAAGUUCAAAAUAGAUGAUACAGUUAGAAUAACAAAGUAUAAAGCUGUAUUUGCUAAAGGUUAUCUACCUAACUGGAGUACAGAAAUGUUUAAAAUUUCAAAAGUUCAUCCCGGAGACGUUACUACUUAUUCUAUCAGAGAUCUAGCAGACGAAGAAAUCACAGGAAAAUUUUAUGAGGAAGAACUCACACUCUACAACAAUGUAAAAGAUGAACAUAAAAUCGAAAAUAUUAUUAAACGUAGAACUAGAAAAGGUGUGAAGGGAAUUGUUUGUCAAAUGGUAUGGUAA